UGGUGUUCAGGGACCAUGCCCUCGGGGAAGACCGUCAAGUUCCUCCUGUUUGAGGUGCUGCAGUUUGCGGCCCUUAUCGUACCCAUCUUUGUGAUUAUGGAGCGGUUUGCCAGACUCAUACGUGACGGGAGAGGACGGGAUCUAACGGCCUACUGGCUGGUCGUGGCGGUCUCCAUCGCCUAUGUGACCACUGCCACCCUGCUGGUGUGGGUUCCUCUCAAAUAUCUGAUCCUGAAGCAGCGGGGGGCCCUCUCAGAGAUCACACAGUGGAGACCGACAGCGCUGGCAUAUCUCAUCCUGUGUACAUUCCCGUGCUUUGCCAUUUUAAUAGCCAGCUCCAAGGUGCAGGUGGACGGAGGACAGAGGCUCGACCACUUCACUGAGCUGCCUGUUUCUUUGGUGCUUUUCUGCCUCAUCUGUGUGGAUUUCAUAGAGAGGAUUCGCCCCUGCAAGCUCAUGGGACAAUCAGACAGUCUGGAUUCUGACUUUGACAUGUCGGGCCCCGUCCUCACCCACCUGGAACAGGUGACCACGGUAACGGGCCAGCUGCACGCUGAUGAAGGCCAGAACGGUUCGACCCGGGCCCAGUCAGAGGUGAGGAACGGCAGCACCUCGGGCAGGUUGCAGGACUUUUCUGGAUCACCGAACCGCUCAGCAGUCAGCCCACGAGCAACCACCGCUGCCUACCUGUACUCCUCAUCCUCACGCCGCCGCUCCUACUCUGGCCGCCUCGGCUUCCUGUGGAGGAGGGACGGGAGGGCAGAGGUGUUUGUGGACAGUUUCCUGUUCUGGCUGGACACUGUGGAGAUGGUGAGAGUGGCGGGGGAGCCGUCGGUCUUCUACUCGGCCUGGGUGUUCCCCGUCUACAUCCUGGCCUUCAUGUCUACUCUCCGCAUGGCCAUCACUCCUCACAACCCUCUAUUGUCUUUAGCUGGAGUUGCUCUGCAGGAUCUUCCGUUCUUCAUCAUCCGAGUGGCUCUGAUUGUUGUGUUCGGAUAUGUAACUCCUGUGUUGUACCCUUUGAAAAAUGUGCUGGUGAGCCUGACUUUUCUCUAUUUUACAUUCCUGACUAAGCUGAAGAUUUUCAGAAGUCAGAGCAUGUUUUGAGGAGGAGUGGUUCAUUCUGCUGUUAAUGAAAGAUCCACUUUGAUUGUGGAUGGUUGAACAGUUGGUGUAUUUAUGUGUAGGGAGCAGCAGCAGACGAGCACGGAGCUGGAGCAACUCGCUUUGCAUUGUAAUGGCUGCAAAUGUACGAGGACGCCAGUCAUCCAAAUCAAAGUGUAAAACUAAAUCUGGAUUUAAAUCAUAAAAGUGUGUGU